AUGUAUGGUUUUCGGCGCCCAAGGAGCCCCAGCGGUUUCCUCCUAGACCAGAUGGACGAAAAAACAGGAGACGGCAGGUCAAACUACAAAUCAAAUGCCACAAAACGUUGUAAAGCAGAGCAAGUUGCUGGAACAGGUGUACAACCAGAAAGGAUGCACGAACGUCCUGUGUCUGAUCAUUGGCUGCCCCAGGAACCUCCCCAGGUUGGGCAGAUGAUUGUGGUGGUCUUGGAAGCAGCCAUGGUACUGAAGCUAUGCCUGGGGGCUGAAGUCCUCAUACUGGAUCCAAAGAGGGCGCUGCAGCUCACACUGAAUGAUGUCCUCAUUGUGGUUGUUACGAAGUAUAUCCUCAGGUCAUCGCAGGGCCUCAGGUUUCCUACCAAGGCCCGCUGGCUGCUGCUCGAUGAUCCUGAGAUCACCUGGGCGAUCAAUCUUGAAGACGGAUCUUUGACAUUUCAUGGUACAAAUAACAUAUGGGGCCCACAAACAGAAGAGGAAGGAGAGGCUUCCCAAGGCCGCCAGCUCAUGAUGAGAUCCCAAGCUAAACAGGAGAAUGGGAUCAGGCUUUCUACAGCUAAUAUCCUCUUCCUCACACCUCGACCAAGAGCCGCUAGCCCUGGAGGCAUUCCUCAGCUGCAAAAGCCUAGCCCCAGGUAUCGCCCUCUGCCUGAAGAGUUCAGCUUGAAUCUCCAUGGCCUGCAGUCACUGCCAGGCUCUGCCCUCAGACCUCUGCCUCCCUCUCCCAGCCCAGGACCCAGAACAUGCCACAACAUUGAGACCCGUCUUCCUAGCAAGGCCCGAAGGCAGCUUUUCUAA